CCACCCUCUCCCUCUGUUUCUCCUCCCCCUUCUCCUUCUCCCUUCUCAAAAACAAUGGAAUUUGAUAAGUGUUACAGGAAGCCCGAGAUGCCAAAAUUUGAUUGUCUUCUUUUUGAUCUGGAUGACACUCUAUAUCCUGUCAGCUCUGGCAUGGCAGCAGCUUGCAAAGCCAACAUACAAGCUUAUAUUGCUGAAAAGCUUGGGAUAGCGAAGACCAAAAUCCCAGAGUUGAGUAACCUUCUUUACAAGAAUUAUGGAACAACAAUGGCUGGUCUCAGGGCUAUUGGGUAUGAUUUUGACUAUGAUGAAUAUCACAGCUUUGUCCAUGGGAGAUUGCCUUAUGACAAUCUGAAGCCUGACCCCAUUUUGAGAAGCCUUCUGCUGAGCCUCCCCUACACGAAACUUAUCUUUACCAACGCAGACAGAAUUCACACAGCCAAAGUACUUAACAAACUUGGAUUAGAAGACUGUUUUGAAGGCAUUAUCUGCUUUGAAACCCUCAAUCCCACUCAAAGAGGGCCUGUUUCUGUAGGUGAAAAACAGGAUUCAAGCAGUGAAAUCUUUGACAUAAUUGCCCAUUUUUCUCAGCCAAGCCCUUUGAUUGGGUUGCCCAAAACACCCGUUGUCUGCAAACCAUCAGAAGCUGCCAUUGAAUGGGCCCUCAAAAUGGCAAAUAUUGACCCCCAAAGAACAUUGUUUUUUGAGGAUAGUGUCCGCAAUCUUCAAGCAGGCAAGCGACUUGGGCUUCAAACUGUGCUGGUUGGCACUUCCCAGAGAAGCAAAGGAGCAGAUUAUGCAGUUGAAAGCAUCCACAACAUAAAGGAAGCAAUUCCAGAGCUUUGUAAAGUUGAAAUGAAAUCAGAAAUCAAUUACUCYCCCAAUAAUAAAGUAGCUGUGCAGACUUCUGUGACAGCUUAGAAAUCAAGCCCUUGUUUGGGCAAAAUAAAUCUAUGUUAAAAAAAAGAAAAAAAAAUUGAAUAAAACAGCUGUUCAGUCCUCAAA